ACCGGCAGCUAACCACCGGAGCUCAACUGAGACACCAAAGCCCCUCCUCUCAGCUGAUUCUCAACUCCGCCUCCACCUCCCCAAUCUCUCAUCAUGUCGACGGCGGCUGCAUCUCGGCCAAGCGGCCCCAUCCUUUUGAGCCCCUUUCCCAACUACCAAUCCGCCUCGCUCUCCCGUGUCAAGCUCCCCGCCGGUGGCUCGCCGUCGCCGGUCAAGUCCGUCAGCGUCUCCUCUCCCCCCUCCUCCCCCACCGCCGCCCCCAAGAUCCGUCGGUCCUGCAUGUGCUCCCCGACGAACCACCCAGGCUCCUUCCGGUGCAGCCUCCACAAGGAGCGCAAGCAAGCGGCCCAAGCUGGCAGCACCAGCAGGCCCGUCUCCCCGCCUUCGCUGCCGUCGAAGCGCACGGCGAGCCCAUUCGCGCAGCUCGUCCCCAGAGGCAGCGGCUGCUCUAGACGCUCGUACAGCGGGCUGGCGCAGCGCGUCCCCAUGGGGAGCGGGCACUGGGCACGCAAGGCGCUCGUGCCGUCCCACGCGGUGCAGCAGCUGCAGCACCGGAAGCGAGUGGUGGAGCAGUUCCACGCCGGGCCCAGCCGGCUCUCCGCCGCCGCCGGCCGCCAGUAAAUAGACAACAUCCUCGGCAUGCCAUAGCAAAGAUACUGCUAGUACAUACUGCACAAAGUGUACAUAGGAAACAAAUUCCCCGAAUAAUCCCGUCGCUGUAUAUAGAAGAUCGGUGGGGGUUAGGCCGGCCAGGAAGAUUGGAGUUUUAAGACCCAAUUCGAUUCGGGCCUGAUCAAUUAGAUACGUAGCUUUUAGGUGUACAUAGGUGUGUACAGCUCCGCUUGGUUUUGGUCUUUUGGAUAUACAACAAUACUAGAUGAGUGACAAAUUGGAGACACAUACAUGCAUCUUAUCUGUCCUGUGACCGGAGGCUUAUCCGUCUUUGGAUGAUUUGUUUGCCGCUACAACAUUCUGCUCCCGUUUCUGUUUCUGUUUCUGGAGUGUGGAUGCAUAUCCCAUUGUUUCGGUUUUGGAUAAGCUCCAGAGAUCAGUGGCGUCUCGCCGUCGCUUGAUCGCGUCACGCGGGCGGCACCCGUGCCUCCGGCUGGAGCAGGCGACCAACUUGCAGCACGGGAGAAACCCCCCGAUUCCGACGACAGUUCUGCAAAAGUUCCAUGGCGCGCGCGGCUGAUGAACUGAGGAUUCUUCUUCGUCCUCCCGCCCGUGUUAUUUUUACUGUAUUUUUUUGUUGGAUUCGUGGUAUAUUUUACUGUUUCUUUGAGAGAAGUGAUAUUUUACUGUUGGCGCGAGGGACGGCGGAGCGGUUGGGAUUCCUCCCCCUCCGACUCUUCAACUUGCGCAAGAAGAAGAAGAUGAUGUUGCGCGCACACGGCUGUCCAGCUUCUUGUUAGUUGUGGAAGAAGAUACUUGAUCACUUGUGUUCUGUUUCUUCGCCAGGAAUCAGUUGCUCAGCACACCAAUACUUAUCAUCUGCUACUGGUUCUGUAUUCCUUAACCAACGAAAUACUGAGUGACCAUACGUUGUACAAGCUGGGGCAAAGAAAGAACAUUGGCGAGCCUCCGUUGAAACCCGGCCGUUUAUGCAUGCACACACGCUAGAUCCGCUGAAGAGCUGACAGGCGAAAACCAAGUGG